AUUCUUCCCGUGUGAUACCGUUCUACUUCUGGCGUAUGAUGAGAUGAUAGCGUCGCAGCGUAAGAAAGGAUGUAGAGCUGGUUGCUUGCUCUGGUUAUGGAAGACUGGAUUAUUACACGGUUUUCACCGUGAAACAUUCCGUGAAUUCUCUCCUCGUGGAUGCAUGGACACAGACAGACAAUGGUAUGAGUUGCUCAAAGAAGAAAGAUUUAAGCUUAAAUUCAUUGGUAUUUAUGGCAGGGAAGCACUCGAUAAUGCAGGCUUUUAUUACCGAAAAUCAAACGAUGUCGGUCGGAAUUCUAUAGUACAAGUUGAAAUGAGUAAUGCCCAACAUCAAGAACAAACUCCCUCCUCGCAUAAUAAUAAUACCCCGAGCCAGGGCGGCCUAUUUGAGAAUAGCGACUACAGAGGAAACAUAGAAAAACCCGAAUUAGAUUACGUUUCAAACGAGGUUGCUUUCUGCAAGUUGACAAGUAAUAGCAAUCUCUAUGUCAACGUUAUCCCAAAAACAAGUAAAGCUGAAGAUAGUGAAGGCGUAAAUGUAGGCAACACAGAAGAUGAAGAACGUGGAGGGAUGCCAGAGAGGAUUUCUGUCGGGAUGGUACAAUAA